AUGUCCAGCUCUAUUCAUAAUCCUUCUAUCCUUUUAAAAAGAAUAUUCAAUUUAACUGAAUCAUCAUCUUUUAUAUUAUGCAUCGAUUCUAUGGCACAAACAUCCCAUGGUGUUAUCAACGAAUUUAUUCAUCAUCGAAAUUUGCAAUCCAACAGUAAUAAUAGCAAUAGUAACUGCAAUAAUAAUAGUGAAGUGAUUUAUAUUGCAUUUAAUUCUAUUAAUAGACCUGAACAUGCUACAUAUUUCAUAAAUAUUCAAGAUGGAAAUAUCAAUAAGGUUUCUCAAUUAAUUCAAUCUUCUUUACCUCCUACAAAACAUCUUUCAUCUACCACCACUACUAGUAAGUCUCUAGUUAUAAUAGAUUCUUUGAAUUAUUUAAAUAACACCGAUUUAAGCCAGUUUAUUGGUUCCAUCGCCUCUCCAUCAGUCACAAUCAUAGCUAUUUAUCAUAGAGAUGUACCUGAAUCUUUAAUAUUUAAUCAAUCUGACAAUGAUCUUCUAGACAAUUAUCCAUCUUCUUUAGAACUUUUACAAUUUAUGGCAACUACAAUCCUUGAAAUAUCUCCUAUCUUACCCAACUCAGUACAUGAUCACCAUGAAUUAAGUGAUAUGCUUGAAGUUUUCAAUAUACCUCGCGGUUUAAACAACUCUGUAUUCAGCCUGCUGUUAGUUAAUCGUAGAAAAUCUGGUAGAUCGUUAAAAUACAAUUUUCAAAUAGAUUCAAAGAAACAUGAAUACAUUUUAAUGAAUAAAAAAGACAAUAAUACUGACACUAAUAAUGAUAAUAAUAGCAGUGGACUAGAGACACCUGAAAUGUUACAAGGUUUAACCACUUUCAACUUAACUACCUCUGAAAAACAAAAGAGAGCUAAGGAACAAGUCAAUUUGCCAUUCUUAGAGGCUCAACAGUAUGGAUCUUCUGGUGGUGCCAUUGUUUACGAAUAUGAAAAGGAUGACGAUUAUGAUGAAGAGGAUCCAUACGAAGAUCCAUUUUAA